AUGCGUCGCACGCGUCGCCAGAUCCGGCAGGUGGUGAUAGAGAGGGAGGAGGAUGAGGAGCAGCAGAGCACGUCGGAGGAGGAAGAGGAAGAGGAGGAGGAAUAUGUCGAGGUGCCACGUUCGGCGUCGAACGGGGUUCGUUCAAAGGAAGGAACUAACGGCCGCGCUCGUGGCGGUAGUAGGUCCGACGAAUCUGAGGAUGAGGAGGAGGAGGGCGACGACGAGGAGGAAGAUGCGGUUCCGGGGAAGGCGGAACGACGUGGCGGUCGCAGCAGAGGCGGCGGGGGUGCGGCGGAAGGGGCGUCGGCGCAUGGCAUGGCCGGGGAAGAAGCGGAGGAGGCGGAAGGAGGGGGGGGCAGGAAAGGGAAAUCGUCGCGGAUCAAGCUGAAUCUCAAGAGCAAGGCUUCUGGCGUGUGCAGGGUGUGUGGCAGCAAGGGCCACGAGGCUGGUUUCGUUGGCUCUGUCUACGUUGACUGUCCCAACCGCCCCUGCUUCCUCUGCAAGCUGCCAGGGCACACGACGGCCACGUGUCCGCACCGUGUGGGAGCAGAUGGAGGCAGUGUGGCAGUGCAGGGCGGGCGCACACACGAGGGGGUGCUACACACCGUGCAGCAGCGCCAGAUUACGGGCAUGCUGCCACGGGCGGCGCGGCACAGGAGGGUGCUGCCGAGUGUGGUGGAGGCGGCGGUGAUAGCGCUGCACAUGAGGCGCAUCACAGUGCUGGAGUUCCAUGCUGUCCGGGACGACGUGCUGCUGUCCGGAGACAAGAGGGGACACAUAGGGCUGUGGAACUACGAGAGGGAGAGGGACACAACAGUGCAUCAGAGCGCGCACCAGUACCAGAUCAGCGCUCUCAGGCACCGCCCAACGUGUGAUGAGGUGGUGCUAUCCUCGUCACUGGACGGCAAGGUGUGCCGGGUGGACAUAGAAACAGGCCAGGCCACCGUGCUGGCAAAUCUCAACCCGCUGGGCUGGCAGGGCGACGAGCGCACCUGGGGGAGCUUCUAUGCCAUGGACGCCCCUGCACGUGACGGCGGUGCUCUGGUGGUCGCUGGGGAUAACUUCGGGUGCAUACAUCUGCUGGACGAGCGGGUGGAGGAGCGGGUAGCAGCGGGAGUGGCGGGGUGCCAUGCGUCGCGCACCAAGGUGGUGUCAUUGCACCUCAACCCCGCUGACCCGCACCUGCUGCUCUCUGCUGGCUCCGACCACUGGCUGUCUGCACAGCACCGCGUUGCCUCCAUGCAGCACCCACGUGUGGUCAACAGUGCUUACUUCUCUCCUAUCACGGGCACUCGGAUCCUGAGCACGUGUCAGGACAACAGGUUGCGGGUGUGGGACAGUGUGUUCUGCGACCUGCAGCACCCCAGCAGCACCAUCGUGCACUCCCACGACUUCAACCGCUACCUCUCGCCCUUCAAGGCGCACUGGGACCCCAAGGACGAUGCAGAGCGCGUGGUGGUGUGUGGGCGGUACAUAAGUGACGACUACAAUGGAGUGGCGUUGCACCCCAUUGACUUCCUGGACGCCUCCUCGGGUGCUUUGCUGGGCUCUGCUGUUGACCCCCACCUCACCACCAUCUCCCCCGUCAACCUGCCACACCCCCGCUGCGACCUCCUUGCUACCGGUAGCUCCAGGUCUAUCUACCUGUGGACAGUACCUGAGGAUGCGGAGGAGGGCGAAGGGGAGGCAACCGGGGAAGCAUCUCAGCAAGGAUAUGGGGGCACGGGGAGAGCAGGGCAGCAGCAAGCAGUGUCUUCUCCAUUUGGUAGCAGAGGCACGAUUCGCAUGUUCAAUGCGGACAUAUGGGGCAAAGGUAGAGGGAAGGGGCAUGCCCUGGGGAAUGCGAAGGGGAGUGGGAAGGGGAAGGGGAGGGGGAAGGGGAAGGGAAAAGCUGGGGAGGAGGAGGAAGAUGAGGCGUUGAUGGCAGCACUUGUGGAGUCUGCUGCUCUGGCUGUUGCUGCUAGGGUGGGGAAGAGUGCGGGUGGAAAGGGAGGGAGGGGAGGAGGGAAGGGAGUGGUGAUUCGGGCACAAGAGGCAGAUGUGGGGAUGGUGAAGGGACGCCGCAUGCAGAGUGGACAGCCAGUGCUUGCUGCUUGUACGACAGUGGAUAGUGGGGAGGGUGAGUUCGAAUUACAGGCAAAGGGUGGGGCGGAAAAGGGGAACAAGGGGAAGGGAAAGGGGAGAGGUGGAGGGAGAAGUGGGGGUGGAGCAGGUAGGGGUGGUGGUAGAGGGAAGAAGAAGGGCAAAGCGAAGGAAUGGGAUGAGAGUGAGGAGGAAGAAGAGGAGACAGCUGAUGAAGAAGAGGAAGAGGAGGACGAGGAAGAAGAGGUGGUUCGCCCAAGUAACAAGCGAUCAAGGGCACGCAGGUGA